AUGGCGGAUAUUAUUAGCACUCUACCAGACGACAUUCUCUGUCACAUUCUCUCUUUUCUUGAAACCAAACAAUCCGCGGCUACAAGCAUUCUUUCAAAGAGGUGGAGUCAUCUAUGCCUCUCAGUUCCCACCCUGUGCUUCGAUACCAAUCUUCAUUAUCAAACUGAAUGUUCUAAAUUUAAUGAUUUCAUGAACUCUGUUUUGCUUGCGCGAGAUGCCACACUUUCCAUUAAGAGUUUCCAUUUCAAGGUUGCAUACGGUUGUCUUCUUCGGUGCCCCAUUACCACUAUAACCAAAUGGAUCAAUUUUGUGAUACAAAGAAGAGUUGAGUACCUUUACCUCCAUCUCAGCCCAUCGGGAUCUUAUCCGGGAUUGCCUGUCAAUAUUCUCACUUGCAAAACCCUUGUGGUUCUCAAGCUUUCUGGUUUUAACGUGGAAAAGGGUUAUUCUUCAAUUGUACUUCCUUCCCUCAAAACCCUUCAUUUGGAAAUUAUUUGGUUCCCUAAACUUCGAGACAUUCUCAUGUUUUUAUCUGGAUGUCCAAUUCUGGAGGAAUUAUACACAUUUGAUGUGACUUUUUGUUUUGAGGAAUCUCUAACAUUUACUGCGGUUGCGGCUAUUGCGGUUGUUGCGAUGCAGAAUGCGGUUGUUGCGGCACGUGAUUCUCUGUCACAUUCUCUCUUUUCUUCGAACAGAACACAAUCCGUGGCUACAAGCAUUCUUUCGAAGAGAUGGAACCAUCUAUGGCUCUCAGUUCCAACUCUGUGCUUUGACGAGAGUCACAAGACAGUUAAAGACCCAAUCACAAGUCUUAAGUUUAAGGACUUCGUAAACUCUGUUUUGCUUCAACGAGAUGCCACACGUCCCAUUAAGAGUUUCUAUUUCAAAGAUUCACGCUAUUAUGAUCUUGGGUGCCUCAGUAUAAUCAAAUGGGUUAAGUUUGUCCUACAACACAGAGUUGAAUACCUUUGUCUCGUUCUCUACACAUCGAGAGAUAUUCCCAUCACUGUUUUCAGUUCCAAAACACUAGUGGUUCUCAAGCUUUCUCAUUUCUGCACCAAAGAGGGUUAUUCCUCUGGUGUACUACUUCCUUCUCUCAAAACCCUUCAUUUGGAAUAUAUGUCUUUCCCUAAACUUGGAGACUUUAUGAUGUUUCUAUCUAGAUGUCCAAUUCUCGAGGAUUUACUCACAUCUUAUGUGUUUUUUGAUUAUGAUGAAUCUCUAAAUUGGAACGAAUGCAACUGCUUGAGUAACUUGACAAGAGCUAAUAUUCUUUGUACUUAUUCCUUUUUUCCAUUAAAAGCUGUUCACAAUGUGCGUUCUCUGCGCUUUCAAAUUGAUCAGGUGCAUUACUGGAAUAAUUUGAUUCCUACUUUUCAUAACUUGAUCAAUCUGGAGCUUGUUUCUCUCAAAUAUAGCUGCAAAUUCUUAGUCAAAUUUCUCAAUCAAUGCCCUAAGCUUCAAAAGCUCGACCUUCAUCAGACCACUAAAACCAAAACAUGGAAUAAAAAAGAGUACAGAGAAAGAGAAAAGUGGGUAGACCCGGCUGUUGUUCCCCAAUGCCUGUCAUUACACCUUAAAACGUGCAAUAUUUUCGACUUCUCCGGCCAACCAGAGGAGCUUAAGCUAGCAAGCUUCUACCAUGCAAUUGCUAUAUUUGGUGGUUUAAACUUGAACUUAGUCUUUGGUGGAAAAUUGUUCCUUCUAGUACUUGCUUAA